GACUGAACUCUUGAAGCACUUCGUUGUUUGUCGUGGUGCUAGACUCGGCAAACAUCGUUUAUCUCAGUAAAAUCACCGGGUGGUGUCAUUCGCGAUUCACGUUCACAUUCAGUUCUCUACUUCGAAACUGAGCAAAUAUGACCGUCGAACAUCUCGCCGCAGGAUCCAAGGCCGUGCCUCUUCAAGAAGGAAAGCUACGUUUGUAUUCCAUGCGCUUUUGCCCCUACGCCCAGCGAGCUCACCUCAUUCUCAACGCCAAGAACAUUCCCCAUGACACAGUUUAUAUCAAUCUGAAAAAUAAACCAGAAUGGUAUCUCGAGCAGUUUCCUCUUGGAAAAGUGCCUGCUAUUUGUGUCGACGGCGAUCGCAUCUACGAGAGUUUGAUAAUCUGCGACUUCCUUGACGAGAAGUACCCGGAAAACCCGAUGUAUCCGAAGGAUCCUCUCAAAAAAGCUAAAGACCGCAUUUUGAUCGAACGUUUCAGCAAGGUCAGUAGUUUGCUUUACCAGUGCUAUUUAAAUCCAAAUAUGGAUGUUCAAUUGCUACACCCUGUGUUCGAUGCUAUGGACCACUUUGAGAAGGAACUUAGAAAACGGGGGACACCGUUCUAUUCAGGAAGCAAACCGGGCAUGGUUGACUACAUGAUUUGGCCCUGGUGCGAAAGACUCGAAAUGCUAAGAGUGAUCGGAGGUGAUAACUUCAAAGUGCCUAAGGAUAGAUUUGCAAAGCUUUGGCGGUGGUCUGAAGCAAUGUUGGAAGAUGAUGCUGUUAAGAAACAUUAUGUCACACCCGAGCAGCAUGCCAAAUAUCUCCAGUCACACAGAGCAGGAACUCCCGAUUUUGACAAUAUUCUCUAAUUUUGUCAAACAUGGUUAAUAUCUUUAUUAGAAUUAAUGUUAAACCAUUAUUCUAAUAGUUGAAGAGUAAAAACUAAAUAAUAUUAAAUUUUUUAAGGCUCUAAUAGGUCACUAAAUGCUAGUUUAAUUAUAAGGGAAAAAAUGUGUAACAUUUACCUCAUGUGAAUUUCAUAAAAUUUACAAUAAUGUGGUUUUUCAUUAAAUGUUUAUGUUCGUUGAUACUGUAAUGCACAAGGUUCACAAAAUGUCGUUUUAUUUUUGUAUUAUAAUCAAAAUUUGCCUAGCAUUUGUUGUAUUCAUCUUUAAAAGUAAUGAAAAAUAAACUAUUUUUGAUGCUGAUUUA